UAAGUGGAAGGUGAUCAUUACUAUACUUAACAUGCCAGACAACUUACACCGACGAUUUUGUAAUGUCACCAUUUCAUGUUUAUCUUCUUUGCUUUUGAACAUUUCGCGCCGAAAUAUUAUCGGAUUUUGAUUGAAUGUAUCCUGUGCAUAUCAACGGUGUAGAGAGGAAUCUGCUUUAUAAAACAUUGGUAGUGCCUUUUGAACUCUCUCCUUUUAUAUUCUGGACAGGAAAAAGUCAUCAUACCAUCAGAGUCUAGGUUACAAUACAGUGGAGAGGAGACACAAUCAUCUUUAAUUUAAAUGCAGUUUCGAGUAUUCAAAAUCGGGAAACUUUCUGUAAUACCUGAAGAUUUGCCUGGAAAUGAUUUGCGAGUAACAAUAAAUUUGAACUUAAAGAAGAUGAAUUCAGCUGUAUCACCUUCAAGAUCGAUGAACUCGCAGUUCUUCAUUCUUAUCAUGAUAACGAUAAGUCAUCCGUUGCCCAUUGGAAGCCGAGCCGUGAUCGAUUGGCCACUCGUAGCCGGUGACCUGACCGCGAUAGAUGUCGAUGACCACCGUCAAGUGAGAAGUGCUUCUUCGAUACAGAGGUCGAUGACAAAAGCGAUGUCGAGCAAUGAAGCCGAAGAGUCGAGAGAACCGUGGCAAAUAAAUAAAAAUAUUUGUCCACCGCCCCUUUCACAUUUGUGCAAUAUUCAGCUUCAAACUCGAAAUGGUGAAACUCAAAGCUCUUUCGUCACUCCUUUCUUCGAGGGUGACAUCGUACUGGACUGGGACCAGAGAAGACAACUGGGACUGUCGAGUAUGAGUCAACGGUCGUCUCGAUCUCGAUCACGUCGUGCUAUCAUCGAAGGCCGUGAUCGUCGAUGGCCGGACGCCAUCAUACCUUACACAAUAGAUUCGGAUUUCAAUCAUGAAACUGUUAGACUCAUCAAAUCUGCCCUACGUCACUGGCAACAGAAUACAUGCAUCAGAUUUGUUCAGAAGGAACCAUUUCACCAUGAUUACCUAAGAUUCGCUUACUUUCCAGGAUGUUGGUCAUUCAUUGGUCGUCAGGGAGGGGAGCAGUUGAUAUCCAUGGGACCAGGGUGUAAAGUAUUCAGUACUAUCGUCCACGAACUCGGACACGCUAUCGGAUACUGGCAUGAACAGAGUCGUCAGGAUCGAGAUCAGUAUAUCCAGAUAGUCCAGCGGAACAUCGCCCAAGGAACAGAAGAGAACUUCAACAAGAUCGACAUCGACAACGUGACGUCCCUGGGCUACCCCUACGACUUCGCGUCCGUCAUGCAUUACUCCGCAAACGCCUUCAGCGCCAAUGGAAAGCCAACGAUACGGAUGAAGAAGAGAUACCGCGAACUCCUCCCCGAUGUCAGAGCAAGCAUGAACCGACCUAGCAACGGGCUUAGUGAGCUGGACAUUGCCCAGACUAGAGGGUUGUAUGAGUGCAAUGUUAGAGCAGCCAGGAGACAGAAGAAAGAGCCUUGCUUCAAUAGUGAAAGCGGCGACGGACGCGACUACCGUGGGAAUGUGGACUUCACCGAGAGCGGCAUCACCUGUCAAAAGUGGACGUCGAAAUACCCACACGAACACGACUACAUGUCGGAGGACGACACCAUUAAUGAGAGUUUGGGUGUUGGACAUCAUAACUUCUGCCGGAAUCCUGGAGGACAGGAGAGACCAUGGUGCUUUACAACACUCAAGAACACCGUCUGGGAGUACUGUGAUGUAAAACUUUGUCCAUCUUCAUAACACAUGAAUUUAGUUAGAGGCUACUAGUAUAUAUUCAAAUGCUAAUAUAUUCAUGUAAAUGUAUAUAGAAUUGAUAGAAAUAAUAAGAAAAUUGAACAUCCCCUGAAUUCGUGGUGUGCCAUAAGUACAGACUGGCAGCUGUCAAGUUAUUGUUUGAAAAACUUUGGCACUUCCUGAGAUAUCCCUGUGUUUCUGUUUGCUUACCUUCUAUUUUUUUAUUGCAAUUGCCACCACUUCUUUCACCAUAUAUAUAUGUAUAGAUCAGCCUUGUCUAAUAACUUUUUUUCAAAUAUAAGUUUUUCAUCUUUCCUUUCUUUUUAACUUUCCCUUUGAUCAUAUUCUUCCUAUCAUUCCUCACAUUCUCUCCCCUGCUCUCUCUUCAUGCCCAACUAUUUUCCCCUUACCUUUCACGCUCUCUUCCAUUUUCUCUCAAACCAUAUUUAGCCGAAUCUUCUCAUUCUAUUCUCUCAAAUUCUCUUUUACCCUCCCUCCCUCUCCUUAUUCUUCUCUUUUUAUCUCUCUCACCCACUCUCUCCCCUCUCUUGUUUCUCUUAACAACUUCUCUUGCACUACUCUCUCCUUCUUUCUCAACAAAGUUAACUUCUUAACUUUCCUGUCAUUAACCCAUUUGAUCUGUUCUUUAUCAGCUUUUGCUGCUAAUGUGGAAGACCCCCCC